AUGACGUUUGAGCUAUCGACCGGAUUUUUCGACGCCGUGGAGAACGCCACCAGCCGAGAUGAGCUGCCUGAAAAGUUUCGGGCUCCAAUUCUCCAGAUUGUGCGGCCCAUGAGCGAGCUGCCCGGCAAGAACAGAUUCAAGGUGACUCUGUUUGACGGAGAAAAGCCCGGCAUGGUGUUCGGCGACCUGGACAACCUGCCCCAAGAACGACCGGGCAAAUUCGACAUUGUCAAGCUCAGCAACUUUGAGCUGGUCAUGGCCAAACAGCGAGGAGUCGUCUACGUCCACCAGAUGGACUUCUUGAGCCACGCCGACGCGGCUCUGGGACUCGAUACCGAAGAGGAUGCUGAGCUUCCUGGUGGCGCUGCUGCUACUGCUCCUGCUGCUGCCACCAGCAACCCCACCCCUGCCAAGCGAAUGGCUUCUACCAACGAGAUUCCUGCUGGUGUCCAGGCCCAGGGAUUCCCCGCCACUGUGAUGCCCAUUGAGCGACUUUCGCCUUACCAGAACAAGUGGGCCAUCAAGGUCCGAGUCACUUCCAAGGCCGACAAGAAGAAGUUCUCCAACACCAAGGGAGAGGGCCAGCUCUUCAAUGUCACCUUUAUCGACGAGACGGGCGAAAUUCGAGCCACCGGCUUCAACCAGGAGGUGGAUAAGUUCUACCCCAUGCUGGAGGAGGGCCAGGUUUACUACGUGACUCAAUGCCGAGUCUCCAUGGCUAACAAGAAGUUCUCCAACGUGAACAAUGACUACGAGCUGGUGUUUGGCCGAGACACGGUUAUCAUCCAGGCGGACGAGGCCGAGGCCGCUGCUAUCCCCACAGCCAAUUACUCGUUUGUGACUCUCGAUAAGCUGCAGGAUGUUGAAGUUGGCAACAAUGUUGACGUUCUUGGUGUCGUCCAGAACGUUGGUCCCCUGGAAGACGGCGUGGCCAAGGCUACUGGCAACCCCUAUAAGCGACGAAACCUCAUGUUGGGAGACAAGAGUGGAUUUGCCACCCGUCUGACUUUCUUUGGAGAGAAGGCCACUUCCUUCGACGAGGGAACUGUUCCUGUUGGCACCAUUAUCGCCAUCAAGGGCGCCCGCGUUGGCGACUUUAACGGCCGAAACCUGUCCACCAGUCACAGCUCCACUAUUGCCGUGGAACCAGCCAUCGACGAGACCUACGCGCUCAAGGGAUGGUAUGCCUCUGAGGGUAAGCAGACGAGCUUUAAGCAGCUGCAGACAACUACCACCAACAAGCCUGUGGCCGCCACACCCAUUGAUGUCGCCACAUCCAGCUACGGACAGUCAGAAAAGCCCGACUACUACACCCUACAGGCUUGGGUCGUGCACGUUCGAACCGGCAACUUUGCAUACCCUGCUUGUCAGACUCCGGACUGUAACAAAAAGGUGGUCGAGCAUGGUGACGAGUGGCGAUGCGAAAAGUGUGAAAAGAACAUGGAUAAACCUCUUUACAGAUACAUCCUCUCCAUCAACGUGGGAGAUGCCACAGGAAGCAUGUGGCUGACGGCAUUCAACGAGCCUGCUGAAGUGAUUAUGGGCAUGACCGCAGAUCAAUUGACCGAGAUCCAGACUAGCCAAGGAGACGAUGAGUUUGAGCAAGCUGUUCAGAAGGUCACCGGCAAACAGUACACUCUGCGAUGCCGAUCCAAGCAGGAGUUUUACAACGAAGAAUCCAAGGCUCGUCACCAGGUUCUUACGGCGCAGGCGCUCGACUAUCUCAAGGAUAUUGAUGAGCUCAUCAAGGACCUCGACCAAUACAUGUAA